AUGCCGCAGGUGGCGAGCGGCGGGCGCGGCCGUGGUGUCGUCGCAGCGGCGGUCAUGCCCAGCAAGUGGGCCGCAGAGGCUUUGGAUGACAGCGGUGAUGAGCAGCAGGAGGGGCCCCUUGGCGACGUCCAGGGGCGGCUGUUUGAAAAGUACAUGGAGGCCUGCGACGAGCUGUCAGGCAGCGAGGACGAGGACAGGGACGCCAUCUUUGCGCAGGGCCUGGCGCGCGUGGCUGAGUGGGUGUCUGCCGGCGCGUCCAACAGCAUGUGCCUGAUCUGCCUCGGAUCUAUUAAGCCGUCCGAGGCGAUCUGGCACUGCGGCGGCUCCUGCUUCGCCGUGUUUCACCUGCCAUGCAUGCAGGACUGGGCCCGCAACCAGAUCGACUCGGCGUCCCUCCGCGCCCACAACGCCAACGGCAGCGCGCCCGCGCGGGACGAGCUCGAAUUUGGCUGCCCAAAGUGCCGCUUCAGCUACCCCGCUGCGCAGGCGCCACGCAGCUACACCUGCUUCUGCGGCAAGCAGCAGGACCCAGAUUUUGACCCGUGA